AUGCUUCUUGGUUUCGUUACUGGUGCCACACCUCGUCCUUCUCCAACAAUGGUGGUUCAGACUGGAGAUCGAGUUGCAGAAGUUAGCAAUCCAAAGUUCAUGAGGUGGAUGCAUGCAGACCAGCUCGUUAUGGCCUGGCUAGUUGGAUCUCUCUCUGAGUCAGCUCUCAAAAGUGUCUAUGGUCUUCGUUCUUCCUCUGAGGUAUGGUUUUCUCUUGCUAAACGAUACGACCGUGUUUCUACCACUAGGAAGCUAGAUCUGCAGAAGAAAGUUUAUGUUAUAGAUAAGUUGGGAAAGUCUAUGGCUGUGUAUCUUGCUGAAAUAAAGUCCCUAUGUGAUCAACUUGAUUCUAUUGGAUCUCCUCUGUCAGAACAUGAGAAGAUUUCUAGGGUUUUGACUGGUCUAGGUCGUGAGUACGAGUCUAUUUGCACUGUGAUUGAAGAGUCUAUGGAAACCUAUCCAGGUCCAUGUUUUGAUGAUGUUGUUUUCAAGCUAACAAACUUUGAAGAUAAGAUUAAAGCAUACGAAGCUGCAACUGCAGUCACACUGCAUCAAACUUUUUAUACCAAUAAGAAUGAAAACUCACACUCUUACUCAAGCAACAACAACGGUAGUUACAGCAAUCGAGGUGGUCACUCUCGAGGAGGUCGUUCAAACAGAGGCAGAGCUCAGAGUAGAGGAAGUCACAGCAGAGGUGGUCGUGGUUAUUCAACACAAGGCAGAGAGGAAUAUUACAACAACGACUUUGCUCAAGCUUUAGCUGCAAUGAGGCUGUCUGAUCAGGAAUAUUCUGCAGGGCAGGAAUGGAUCUCCGAUACUGGUGCUACAGCACACAUCACAAACUCAACAGUUGCCUUACAGAAUGCUCAACUGUAUGCAGGAACAGAUUCAGUGAUUGUUGGAAAUGGUGAGUUUCUCCCAAUAACGCAUGUUGGUUCCACAAUUCUUCAAGGAUCUGCAGACAAGACAGCUCCUCACGAUAGGAAAGAAGGACAAUAG